AUGGAAAAUGGGAAUAUUAAUGAUGACCAUGUUGGGAAUGAUCUAGUAAUUCAGGCUCUAUUUAGAGCUUUGAAUAGGGUUGUUGGGGCUUCAAUAGGAUGUGUUAGUUGUGAGAUGAUUACUGAAAGGCUUCGCUCUAGUGGAGUAGAAUUGUUUAAGGGUAUUGCUGGAACUACUCCUACUGUGGUUGAGUACUGGAUGGAAACCAUUGAAAGAAUUUUAGAGGAUUUGGAAUGCACUCCUGAGCAAAAACUUAAGGGUGUCGUGUCUCUGUUAAGGGGUGAGGCAUAUCGGUGGUGGCAAUCAGUGGGAGAUAAGAUAGUUUCUGAGUAUGAGGCAAAAUUUCUAAGGUUAAGCCGCUAUGUACCUAGUAUGGUGGCUUCUGACAAGGAAAAGAGUGUAGCUUCACACCAAGAGCGUGUGUUUGAGGCUUUGGUUGAGAAGACCAAAAUUGUUGAGGAGAUUAAAUGCGUAGAGUGCGAGAGGAAAGGGAAACAGAGGGAUCAUCCCAAAAGAGAAACCAGCCCUACUGGCCCAAAUCCACGACCUGUUAAGUGGGCCAGAGAGGCUAGGCCACCACAGAAUAGGGAACUAGUGGACCCUAGAAAAGGACAGAUUCAGAGGGUGACUUUGGUGACUGAGUCUAGGAAAGAAGUUAUUAUGGUAGGGGAACAUCAGAAUUAUUUGUCCAAUAUAAUCUCUGCUUUAGUAGUAGAAAAGAUGGUUCGAAAAGGGUGCGAAAUGUUUUUUACUUAUGUCCAAGAUGCAAGUUUCAUUGACCUUGUAGUUGAAGGUAUUCGUACAAUGAGGCAAUUUCCCGAUGUGUUUCCUGAUAAACUACCAGGGUUACCUCCGGAGAGGGAAGUGGAAUUUGGCAUUGAGUUGUUGGCGGGAACGGCAUCGAUGUCCAUCGCUCCCUACCGCAUGGCACCAAAAGAGCUUAAGGAGUUGAAGGUGCAGUUGCAAGAACUGUUGGAUAAGGUCUUCAUGGAUCUUAUGAAUCCUGUCUUCCAACCUUUCCUUGAUCAGUUUGUCAUGGUUUUCAUUGACGACAUCCUUAUUUACUCCAAGACAGAAAUCGAGCAUGAUAAGCAUUUAAGAGUGGUUUUACAGAUACUUCUUGAGGGUAUUCAUGUAGAUCCCAGAAAGGUUGAAGCUAUCCUAGAUUGGAAGCAACCGAAGAAUGUUUCAGAAAUUCAGAGUUUUCUAGGUCUUGCUGGAUAUUAUCGAAGAAAGGCUAAUGUUGUGGCUGAUGCCUUGAGUAGAAAGGCAAUAUUUGAUUUGAGGGCUAUGUUCGCUCGCUUGAGUCUUUUUGAUGAUAGGGUCGAGGAUGGUUUAACUAAGGACUUUGGGAUUAAUUCUGAUGGAAUUUUAUGCUUUAAGGAGAGAUAUUGUGUGCUUAAUGAUCAGAAUUUGAGACAGUCCAUACUUCAGGAAGCACAUAACAACCCUUAUGUUAUGCAUCCUGGUAGUACUAAGAUGUAG